AUCGCUUGUGCGCAUGUCAAGUGAAGUGACAACUCGUAAACAUCCCGCGCUGUCCCGCGUAAAUCCCGCAGAAAAAAUGGCGGACAGCGAGGAGAAAAUAAAAUGUUCUUUCUGCGAGAAAAGACAGCAGUUUAUGAAACUUUGCAGUCGCUGUAGAACGCACGUUUACUGCUCAAGGGAAUGCCAAGUCAAGGACUGGCCUGGUCACAAACCAAACUGCACUGUUAUAAAUCUGAAUAUUUCCCAUCAAGAGAGAGGGAAUGUCAUCUCCCAAGAGUGCUCUCAAGACAUUGACAUAAGCAAUGAAGUAGAGGAACCUACAAAAACUAACUUAAAAUCAAACAAUUUAAGUGAUCUGAAGUCAAAUGGUAGAAAACCACAAAGUGAAGGUGCACUGGAAGAAAACUGUACAAUUGCAUUUGAAGAUAUUGAUACCACUCAAAGCCAGAACUCCAUUGUGAUAUUUAUAAAACACAACAAAGUCAAGAGUCCACUUGAAUUGAAAAUGCCACAGGAUUCUGCCUUCCUUUUUCAGAAAAUCUCAGACUUUGUUAGGAUCCCCGUGUCAAAGUUAAAACUAGUUUGCAAAGGAAAAAUUAUUACAAUGGAAAAUAUUUCUUCAUCUGUGCAUCACAAAGCUGUAUUUUUAGCACUGGGUGAAGUUUCUGAAUGUGAAGAYGGGCUUGAUAAAGGUGAUAUUGAAACACUCAUGCGACAACUCAAUAUUGAAAGAAAUAUUGCAGUAAGAGCACUCAAGAAAACUGGUUCAUUACUGGAUGCAAUAUUUGACGUUGGUAAUAAUCUUUGAUCAAUCACACAGCAAAUAGAAAUUAAAGAAGAAGUUUGUGACAAAGAAAUUUCACAACAAAAAGUAAAAAAUGUACAAAUACGCUUAARAUGUUUAAAAGUGAUACCAAACUGACAUCACGAUAAUAGUUCAUUUAUCAUAAUCAUGUGGCCUAAUCAUGUCAAUUUUGUUCUUUGCUGGAUUCUUGAAAAUCUCCCUUUGUUUAGUGAAUGCCCCCUUUUUCUGAGAUAACGCCAAAAAAAUUGUACUGAAUCUCAUAAUUUCAAAAAUUUUAGUGUUUUUGAGUUUUUCUAAAAUUUCAAAAUCAAUAUCAGAAAUUUUCAUUAUUAACAGAAAACAUGAUACUUUAGAGAAAAAUUGCAUUGAAAAAAGGGGAUGUAUUUUGGAUGUCAUUAUUUUUAAAAAAUUGUUUUUACAUAUUUUGUUUUCUUAAUAUAAUAGUUUAGAAAAAUCAAUCAGAAAAAUGAUAAGUAGGAAGA